CGGGAUCCCCCGGCCGGGGCUCGCCCUGAGCUCGGGGGGUCCCCGAGGAGCGGGGCUGGGGGGAUGAGCCCCAUCUCCAGCCCUCGGUGACAAAUUCUCCGGGGCUCAGCUCCCCUCAACCCACCCCUGCUCCUGCUCCAUGUCACCUCUCCUUGUUUCUUCCUCUUUUUUUGCUGGAAGUAUGGAGGUUAUGGGAUCUGGAGGGUGUGUGGAUGGGUGGGUGCUGGGGUCGCUCCCCGCCGCGGCCCCGCGCAGCUUUGGGGGGGCUGUGGGGCUGCAGGGCCGUACGGGGGGAUGUCUCGGCUCUCUCGGGCUCCCUGACCUGCGCUGCCUCUCCCGGGCCGCAGAGCCCCCGGCGGGCUCGGAGGGCGCCGUGCGGGCGCUGAGUGCGCGGCUGCUGGGGCUGGCGGGGGACCCCGAACGGGACCCGGACCCCGCCGUGUACCUGGCCCUGCGCCUGGCCCGAGAGCACCAUCCCCGGCUGGAGCGGCGCUACCUGGAGCGGCUGCAGGAGAACUUCCAGCACCCGUACGGCAGGAGCCUGCAGGACUACGGCCGCUCCCGGUGGGACGCUGAGCGCGGCAUGAGCGCGGAGGAGCCCCCGCACACGGGGCGGCUGGCACUGUACCUGCUGGGGCUGCAGGCCUCCUGUCCCCCCGUCAGUCCCCAUCGCUCGCUGGUGACAUGGCUCAAGUACUACCUGGAGGAGGAGUGGACAGGCUCCCAGCAGCGAGGCCACCCCGUCACCAGUUACUACCAGUACGGGCUGGGUGUGCUGGCGCUGUGCGUGCACCGCAAGCGCGUGCGGGACCAGGUGGUGCAGCGGCUCCUCACGGCCCAGCAGCACGGAAAGCUCGGGCACGGUGGCAACACCGUGGACACCGAGGCCGUGCUGGCGCUGGCCUUCACCUGCCUGGAGCGGAGGAGGCUGGUGGGGACCCAGCUGGCGGCCAAGCUCCGGCUGGCUGCGCACGAGGCCAGCAGGAACAUGGCCAAGGCCCAGGGCCCUGACGGCAUCAUCGGCAACAUCUACAGCACCCCGUGGGCCCUGCAGGUGUUCCUGGCCACAGGCGAGUGCCAGACGGAGCCGGCGUUCGGCCAGGCCAUGGCUGCCCUGCUGGAGAACCUGGAAGCCUUCGGCACCGCUGCCACCAUGGCCCAGGUGCUGCCGGUGCUGCACGGCCACUCCUACCUGGACAUCGCCUCCAGGCACUGCGGGGAGGAGCCAGACACGCUGACACCCCUGGACACGGAGCCCCUGCCUGAGGUGCCGGGGAACAAGACGGUGCAGCUGGUGGUGGAGUGUCCCCUGCCCUGGUGCUAUGACCUCCAGCUCUACGACCGCCUGGUGCCCGUGCCCGCCGCCGCCUCCCUGCUGGACGUGCUCCAGGCGGCCGCGGCGCUGGACCCCCGGGAAUUCAGGUUCCACACCCAGGACACCCCCCAGGGCCCCUUCCUGACCCAGGUGCUGGGGCUGGAGGCCCGGCAGGAGAAGCGGAACUACUGGCAGAUCCUGUCUGCGCCCAGCACCCCCCUGCAGAUGGGUAUCGCCGAGUACAGACCCCCUGAUGGGGCGACCGUCAUCCUGCGCCUCAGCGAGUGGUAGAGGGUGGGGGGGUGAUGGCAAUGAAACCCCCACUGUG